AUUAUAUGUAUAGUACUAUUUAUCAUAUGUCUAGAGUAAGUUAACACCUUCAGUUAUUCAAACUGAAUCUUAUAAAAGAUAUGUUCAUUUUUGUCUUAUAGAGUGACCAAGUGAAAAGUGUUACGCGAUUAAUAUUUUCCAGUGAUGAAUAACCUUUAUACUGUAUUUCAGGCCCUUUCACAGAGGUAGCAGUCACAUCACUUAUGACAUUAACAAAUCCAACGAAUCACAAAGUUUAUUUUAAAAUAAAGACAACUGCUCCAAGGAGAUAUUGUGUACGUCCUAAUGCCGGCUUUAUUACACCAAAGAAUAAGGUUCAAAUAGCUGUCACUUUACAAGCGUUCGAUUUUGAACCAACAGAAAAGAAUAAACACAAAUUUAUGGUACAAGCUAUAAUAGCUCCAGAUGAUGAGAAUGACGAAGAGUAUUUUGAUGUGUGGAAAGACACAAACCCAAACCAGGUAAUGGAAUCCAAAUUAAAAUGCGUAUUUAUGAAUCCUGUAACUUACACUACAGCAGCUAAAACUACUUCCACUACAACUAAAUCGGAAGUAAAUACAAAUAAUGGUAAAAACAAGGGAGUAGGUGAUACUGUCAAGUCAUCACCCAAGAUUCUGGGAGAAGCAGAAGAAAAAUUGUUAAAAGCAGCACAAGAAGUUAAUCAGCUUAGGGUAGAAGAAAGUACUCUUAGGCAGGAAAACCUUCAGUUGAAGGAGGAUUUAUUGAAAUUAAAAAACGCAGCAUUGGGUAACGAUGCUUCCUUAGCAGCAGCUAGAGGUUUGAUCCCACGAAACAAUUUAGCAGGAUCUAGAUGUUCGAUCUCACGAAACAAGAGUCAAUUCGAAAAAAAUGCCAUCCUCAUUGCCAUUGUCAUGGUCAUAGUAGGAUAUUUGCUUGGAAAAAUGUUCUGAGCAGCCGUUACAAUAUCGCAUAACUUGGCACAUCCCCUCUUCCCCUGUGUUUCUUAGCCUGCCCCCCUGCUACCAUGUACCACUUACUGAUCAGAAAGAUUGAAAUCAGUCAUCGUAUUAUACGGUUGUUCAUAAUAAAUACUAUAAACAUGAACAGGUAGUGGUUUACAGAAAUAGAAUUAAACGCGCUGCAGGAGUGUGCUUAUAUUUUGGUAAACCGACUGAACUUCUAAAUCCUUUUUUAAGAAAUCACAUCGCACAGGCUGUAGCAUAGAUGCAGAAGUUAACGAUAAAUUUUGUUGUCGUUGAGUAUCGCAAACUAUUAAUGAUUUAAGUAUUUAAUCAUGAAUUAAAACGAAGUGUUAUACCAUCCGAGAUCAUCAUUUUUUUCGUUUCGACAUUUCUUAUAAAAGGAUUUUUACUGUCGAAAAUUUACUUGUGGUCGUCAUUUAAAGACGUAUUGCCACUAAGUAAAUUAUGUACAAAAUUUAUUAAAUAGAAAUUCUA